CAACAAAGAGACCAAAAAGGAGUGAGCCUUAUCUAGUAACCUGCGGCUGCAUGUAGUUUUCGUUACUACCAACAACAUUUAAUUAGAAACUUCUUCAGUUUAGAAAUAACUAAAUUCUAUUGUCUUAAUGGCAAAUUCUCUAUGUUUCACACCUAUAACUUCCUUGAACUCUGUCAAUAAACCAGGUCUAAUUAAUGGGAAUUGCACUGGAAGAAAGAUUCAAUGGAUCAAAGAUGUUACCUACAGCUCCAAGAGUACCUUAAGAAUUUUGGAAGUGAAGGCCACUGACAGCGACCAAGACGCAAAAGCAAGGAGCAUCAUCUGUAAAAAUUGUGAUGGAAAUGGUGCAGUGUUGUGCUCACAGUGUAAAGGCAUUGGUGUUAACUCUGAAGAUUAUUUCAGUGGGCGGUUCAAAGCUGGUGAACUAUGUUGGCUGUGCGGAGGUAAAAAAGAUAUGUUAUGUGGCGACUGCAAUGGCGCUGGAUUUCUUGGUGGAUUUAUGAGUACGUUCGAUGAGUAGACUUCAUAUGCACUGGUCUCAGUAUGAAACAAUAGCUAGCUCUGAAACUCAAGACAGCACUAAGGAGAUGAUGCUGUGAAAUAUUUACAAGAACAGCUACAUUACAGUUUGUGUAAUGUGCUCGAAAAGUCAAUCGUGGCCUUUGUACAUACAUCCUUGGGAGUCUGAAUUAGAAACCUCAUAGUCUCUGCACCCAGGGGCGAAGCUACAUGUCUUAAAGGGUGGUUAACUGACCACCCUUCGUCGGAAAAUUACACAGCGUAUAUAGGUAAAAUAUUAAGUUUUAGAGGUACAUAACAUAUAUUGAUAUAUUGAACAUUCUUUGUCGGAGAAUUUUUUUCACUUCUUUUAAGUUUGAAUACCCUUGAGGAAAUUCCUGGCUUCGCCACUGUCUGCACCUCAUCUUGACUUGGUAAGACCUGGUCAAGGCUUCAUUGGCAGCAAAUAUAAUAAAGCUGAUAUUAAAGCAGGUUCAAAAUGAUAUCUCAGGGUGCAACUUCAAGCAUUGAAUUGAUGAUCACAUGACAACAUUCUGCUUAUGUUAUUGUGCCCAAUUCAGAGAAGGUAGACAUCUUCUCUUUAUUCACUUACAGCCUCACCCUUUUCAACCCCUUUAAAGAUGUUGGUUCUGGAAUUCGAGUUCAAGGUAGUUUACUUCAGGCUUCUGGAUAUAACCUGCAGAAUCUUCAAUUUCCAACAAUGAUGCCUCAACAUUGUACUCUUGCUACUUUCUCCUAGUUUACUAAUUGUGGUGUCUGUGCUAGUUUGCAUGUA